AUGCCUUCUCACCCUCACUCUCCCGCUUCCCCCACCUCGCCGCGACUCGACGACGACGACAUUGCGCGGCAAGGGCGCCAGCUAAAGCCAGUCGACACCCAGAGCUCAGCGGGAUCCGACAGCGUCGCGUCGCAAAAGAGCAGAGCCUCCAUCCUCUCUCGCUUCUCCCACCCGUCCGCUUCUUCACUCCACCACGCCGUCUCGCGGGGACAUCACAAAGUCCACCCGCACUAUGACGAACACUACGAGCUGCCGCGGAUCAAGGACCCCAUCCACCUCUGCGAAACGGCCAUCUCGCUCGUCCUCUCCCAUCCCGGUCCGCCAAUCGAGGUCAUGAAGAAGGAACUACUGCCUAAGCUGUACCAUUCUGCGUACCAGCACCGCGUAAACUGUAGGGAGCACGGGCUGAACGACCUACUGAAGGUGGUCGAGCGAUUCAGGACGCGGUUCUCGCAAGUGAAGGUCAAGUUCAGGUCGCACUUGAUGGACAUGGACGGGACAGCAACGAUGCACGCCGCCGCCAUCGGCCUAAACUACGACAUCACCGCCCGACCACACUAUGACCCGACCGUCCACUCGAACAAGCACGAGAUCGAGGACAAGAAAUGCGCGUCCGUCUGCGUGAUGAAGAUUUAUGAGGGGAGGAUCGCGCAGAGUGAUUUGGUUGUCGACACGAAAGAGUUCCAGAUGGACGCUCACGGCCCCGAACUGAGCUGCUCGAUCAUGUAG